AUGCUUGCAACGUCAACGUCGUCGUCCCCUUCAACGAUGGAUGCCGAGAAUGUCGCCCAUUUCUCGCGCCUUUCUUCGCAGUGGUGGGACGAGAAGGGUGAAUUUGCGCUGCUACACGCCAUGAACCCGGUGCGGCUCGAUUUCAUGCGGGCAAAGAUGCAGGAGGUGGGCGAGUGGGACGAGACGAGGGAGCUGCUCCUUGCCCGUGAGAGGGGCGAUCGGGAGAUGCAGGUGCAGAGAAAGUGGGAACAGGGCGGCAAGUGGCUGCAAGGGCUCAACACGCUCGAUGUCGGGUGCGGCGGCGGUCUGCUGAGCGAGUCGCUCGCCAGGUUAGGCGCAAACGUGACGGGUAUCGAUGCGUCACCGGAGAAUGUUACCAUUGCCAAGCUGCAUGCUCAACAUGACCCAAGCUUCUCAAAGGGAACACCUCGCUACGAAAACAUCAUGGCCGAAGACCUUCUCGCUCGCCGACGCAAGCAGAACGAAGAAGGCUUCGAUGUCGUCUGUGCAAUGGAAGUCGUCGAGCACGUCAAGGAGCCUGCGCUCUUUCUUGAGACGCUCGCCGAUCUGCUCAAGCCGGGUGGUCACCUCUUCAUGUCGACAAUUGCACGGACGCCGCUGUCCUACUUUCUCACCAUUCUCAUGGCGGAGCAAGUCCUCCGUCUGGUCACGCCUGGCACCCACAACCACGCUCAAUACAUCAACCCCUCUGAGCUCGUCGACUUCUUCUCGACCAAAGUACCUUGGAUCGGCCAGACGCAAACGCAGUCUCAGCCAGCCCGAAUUCAGUACGAGACUAGGGGGGUGGCCUACCUUCCGUGGAAGGCCGGCUGGGAGCUGGCGCCAAGGGGAAGCGGGCGAUACGGAAGCGAAUUGGCAAACUACUUUUUCUGGGUCAGAAAGCCCCUUGCUGUAACAUAA